UCAUGAUCUGAGCAGCAGUGUCUGGGGAGUGUUGUAACGCAAUAUGGAGAGCUGGCACUGUUUGCUGCUGCUGUGCUCACUAAGUUUAGCGCUGGCCUCUGGAGAGGCAACGAAAAAUGAUGAUGAAAUCGACAUUUCCAGCUUUCUGAGAGGUAUCGUCUCCGGGCUGCUGGUGAGAGACGAGCCGUUCAUCAUCAACAGAGACUUUGAGAUAAACUCCCUCAGGGAGCUGGAGCGCCCUGAGGUCCUCUCAAUCACAGAGCAAACCAAGGUCAAACCAGUCAGUCAGGAUACAAACGGGGCUCCUGGACCUGUGGUGUUAACCAAAGAUGGCCAGAUCAAGGGGAUUACUGUGGACAAGGCCCAUAUAUUCUAUGGGGUACCAUAUGCAGACCCCCCUGUUGGGGCUUAUCGCUGGAAGCCUCCCAGAUCUGUUAGUCCUCGGCAAGGGGUUUACGAUGCCUCCUUCCCCAGGGCAUCAUGCAUGCAGGCCUGCAGCGGACCCAUCAUUGAGGAGUGUCCUCGAAUAGUCAGUGAGGACUGUCUCUACCUCAACAUCUUUGUCCCUCUGGAUGUGAACUUCAGCUCCCCUCUGGGGAGCCCACUGCCUGUCAUGGUGUGGAUCCAUGGUGGGGAUUUCAUAGCUGGCUCUGCCUCCAAGCCGCUGUACGAUGGGCGCUUCAUCAGUAACUUCACCCGCACUGUUGUCGUAAGCCUGGAGUACCGACUGGGUGCUUUUGGGUUCCUUGUGUCGGGCAAAGACCCUCACUCCUCAGCUGCUGGGAAUUAUGGGAUCUUGGACCAGCAGGCGGCUCUUCUUUGGGUCCAGCAGAACAUUGCAGUGUUUGGAGGUGAUCCUGGCAAGGUGACAAUAUUUGGGGAGAGUGCAGGUGCUCAGUCAGUGAGUCUUCACUUGAUGAUCCAAAGCAGCAAACCUCUGUUCAAACAGGCUGUCCUGCAGAGUCUGCCGUUCUCCAUCCCUCUGAAGACCAGACACGAUGCCCUGAAGCUGGGAAAAGACUUUGCUAAACAGACCAACUGCUCUGUGAGCGACAUCGUCUGCCUGCUGUCUCUCACUCCACAGGCCGUCCUGGCCGCCCAGAUGAAAACAAGUUCCAAGGUUGUGAACCCGUUCAGGUUCCUGGAGGUUUUUGAGACAUGGGGUCCGUACAUCGAUGGGGAGUUAAUAAAAGAGCAAGCCGUCACCGCCUUCCAGAAGGGCCACUGGCAGAAGGAGAAGCCAGUGCUGCUGGGUACAACCUCAGAGGAAGGGGUGAUCUUUGCGUAUGGUGUCUUCAGCAAGCCGGUCUCUACAGUGGAGAGCACUGUGUACAUCACAGCCAUCUUUAAACAACACACUCUGCGGAUCCUACACAAGUACCUGCCCCUCUACAGGGACACUGACCGCAGAGGCAUGCUGGCUCAGAUCGUCACUGACUACGUCUUCCUGUGUCCAUCCCGGAGGUCAGCGCGUGCUGGCACAGCAGCAGGCAGCAAGGUGUGGAUGUACGUGUUCGACCAUGUGCCAUCAGACCACCGCGUGUGGUCAGGUCUGACUUUCUGCUACCAGCACGCCUGCCAUGGUGCCGAGCUGCCCUUUCUCUUUGACUCUGCCUCGGUGGCCAACUUCACCCUGUCCAAACCAGAGAAGCUGCUGUCCAAUCGGAUGCUGUGCUACUGGGGCGCCUUCACCCACACCGGUGACCCUUCCUCGCGGGCCAAACAAACAACUUUCUGCCGGGAGCAGCGUCUGCCUGUUUGGCCACGCUAUUCCGACACCAGCAGCUGGCUGGUCAUGAACCUGACAGUGCGUUCACAUGCACAAGUGGGAACCAGAGACCAUAUAUGUGACUUCUGGGACCAUCUGGGCAUCUAUUAGUGAGGGAACAGGCUGGGCAGGAAGGUGUUAGGUUACUUUGUAUUGAAGUAAAAUCAGUACAUGCUGUUCUCUCUGUUCCUCAGGAUGGAAAUUCAGUCAGGAAUCCUUGCAGCGUGAAGCUACUGUGUUCAUCACAAAAAUAUACAUUCAUCAGUAUUAAAUAUGACCUUUUAGGAACCGCUACCAAGCGGCAAUUGUUUCAAUAAAGUGUCAGCUUCUAAACAGAAAACAUUAUUUCUAUUUCCUCUCUCUGGCAACAUAGUUAAUAGUGCACAUUAAUGUUUUAAAACAUCUUGAAUUAUGAGCAUUUUCUUAUCAUCUAUUGGUCAUAAUUAGGGACUGCAUCUCCACCAAAGUCCCACCAUUUUCCCUUUACCAUGAAAAAGGCUACAGAAUGACACGUGUGCUCUGUUUGGGGUAAAUUAAGGUGAAGAUAAGUUUGCACAAGUCUUGAAGCUAUAUGAUACUACAUCAUGAAAGUACAGAGUGAAUAAACAAAGGGCAAAAGCAAUCCACAAUCAAAAUAUGCAAGACAGGCAAAAACCCACAGCCUAUUUAACAUGAACAUACCUUUAGGAUGCUUUCACACCUAACCUGUUUUGUCAGGUUAAAUAAACUCAGUUUAGUCAAUAUGGUUCUGGCAUGAAAGAUUUCGAAACCGCCAAUAAAUCCAUCUACUGAAUGUGAAAUCUGUUCAGCAAGCAAUCUUAUAGUUGAUCUGUUGUAUAAGGUAACCAUGGUUAAAACACAGGCCAACACGUCAGUCUGGGUAUUUUUCCUCAUUAAAAAGCUGUU